AUGUCAACAACAGAGAACACAACAACAGUUAUAGUCCAUGAAGCUAUAAAUGAAGAAUACGAGUACAUACAGUUUAACAAACAACUCCGUCUCAUUCGUUCGGUCAAAGACGAUAUGUACCAAAUGCAAAGUAUUUUGACAGCAUGUUUUGCUCCAGAUACUAAGCUUCCUAAAGACUGGUUUAGGAACCAAAGCACACAAGAACUUUUGAGCGAAGCACAGCGAGACAUACUUUUUUCUGAAAACAGUGAAGAACAGCGAGACAUACUUUUUUCUGAAAACAGUGAAGAACAGCGAGACAUACUUUUUUCUGAAAACAGUGAAGAACAGCGAGACAUACUUUUUUCUGAAAACAGUGAAGAACAGCGAGUAGGUAAAAAACCCCAGUCGCCAAAACUCUAUGAAAAUCGUGAAAAAUUGCCAAACGGUUUGAGAGGAUAUUAUGUUCAUAGACUUCUCGUAAAUAAUGUGGCACAAUGGGCUUCAGCUCGCUAUUCAUGGUAUGUUUGUAAACUUCUUGACGAACUUCACAGACAAGAACGUGGAGAGAUGGAAAAGAAACUUCAAGCAAAAGAUGAAGUCAUUGAAUCCAAAGACAAAAGCAUACAGAAAAGAAUACCGCGUUCAGUACCAAAAGGAACGGAAAAGAGUUAUAAGUAUAUGAUAUAUACUGAAGAGUUGGAGAAAGAAGAAGACAGAGAUAUGGUUAUGUUGCAUUUAGUCAGAAGAAACAACAAAAGCUUUUAUGACCUUGCUAAAAUAUAUAAAUCUGACAGAAACUGGUUCUAUCGUGAAAACUUACCGAUUUCAAUGACACCGAAUGAGCAAAUAAAGGAAAUUGUCAAAAAUACUCUUCCUCAAACACACUAUGACAUCAAAGGUUGUACAAUACUUACAUUUAAAGAAGACUUAACAUUACUGAAGGAAAAAAUAACAGAAUAUUUCGACAACUUCAAAGAGGAAGAAUAA